AACGAACAAGAGCUUUGUAAGCUUUCAGGAUUGUGGUGCAGAUUACGCUGUAUAUUUUUUAUGGCCACUGUUCACUAUUUGAAAUUGCUAUAAUCUCCACCACUGUGCCUUCUUUAAGGUUUGUAGGGAAAUAAAAAUCCCAAACCUAAAGAUAAGUUUAUAAAAGUAUACAAGAAAAAACUACAGCAGAUUUGAGAAUCAGUGUUUGACAUUAUUAUUGACAUAUGGCUGACCAAUAAAGGAAAUCCAGACUGAAUGUGGAAAGGGGAAUAUAAAUUCAAACAAAACUACAGAAAUGUAACAAUUUUAAAAAUGACAAAGUUGAAAUUUUUCAAUGUACAAAGUUAUCAACGUACAAACCAGAAUACAUCUGUUCCACAAUAGUUUCUGAAAGGGUAGAUCUUUAUAAAGCAAUUUUGUUAUCCAACAUCACAGGCAAUUAUUUAAAGUAAAAAAAAAAAAAACACAAUGUAAGAGAUUAACUAGUUCAACUAACAAUUAUGAGCAGUGACUCCCAGUAAACAACAGUGUGACAUUGAAAAAUGCGCUUCAGUUCAGUAUAUCCGGAAUAUCGGUGCCAUCUCGAAGUCUCUGCUUUUUAGGAAGCGAGACAUUUCCAGCUGCCACGUAUAAUUCUGUUUUACACAAUGGAUUUUGUAUAGAAACGCACUGGCUACUUUCCUUUUUUUUUUCUUUUUAACAAUGAAAACAAGGAACAGGUGGAGUGAGUUUUGUUUCUAACGACAAGCGGAGAGCUGCAGAAAGUCACAGUAGGUACACGCCCAUUGUUUUGAUUUGAGAACGGGCCUAACCAAACUAAUCACCGCCCCUUUCUUUACUUAAUUUUAAAAAAUGAAUAAAAUUUCACCAUUUAUUGCAUUUAUAGGUACAUUUCGUGUCAUAACACAGCUGGAUAUUGAAGUUUGUAAUCGUGUUCACAUGUUAAAGUUUGUAGUUUUUAAAGCCCCCCCCCCAUAUCUCAGUAGGAAUGGUUUAGCCCAGGUUUGAACUUUUGAAGGUGGUUUUUAAACGGCAGAAACAAACCGACGACUUAAAUGUUUCGUCUGUUGUAGUCAAAACAAAGUAAUUUCAAUACCAGCACAAAACUGUUGCUGAAAUGUCAAAUCAGAGAGAGGAGGCCGCUGAUGACUCCCUCACUGACCUUCCCUGUCUGGAAAAACUCAACUCUCCUACAGGGAGCCCACCCACUGCCUCAUUAUCCAGUCUGAUGGAGCUGGAAAAUUGUGUUUCCAACCUGAGCCUUGCACAUGAGAUACUAGUGAACCGAGACUUCUGCUUCAAACCCAGGAGCCCUCCCACAGGCAGCCUGGAAGGCAGAGUGACAGAGGUCGUUCACCGGGCGUUUUGGGACAGUCUUCAGGAGCAGCUGAGCAGUGAUCCUCCAAACUACAGUCAUGCUACCAUACUGCUGCAGGAGGUCAAAACUAUGCUUCAAUCCCUGCUCAUGCCCGGUCAUGUCCAACUACGGUCUCAGCUGGAUGAGGUGCUGGACAUGGAGCUGAUCCAGCAGGAGGUCGAUCACGGAGCUCUGGACCUCCACAGGCUGGCAGGAUUCAUCAUCAACACCAUGGCGUCUUUAUGUGCUCCUGUGCGUGACCCAGAGGUCCGAGCACUGCGGGACCUUAAGGAACCUGUGGAGCUCCUGAGGGAGAUCUUCCAGGUCCUGGGGCUCAUGAAGACCGACAUGGUUAACUUCACUAUCCAAAGUCUGAGGCCUCAUCUCAUGCAGCAGGCUGUGCAGUACGAGAGAGCCAAAUUCCAGCAGAUCCUGGAGAACCAGCCAGCUUCUCUGGACAAUACUGCCGCUUGGCUUCAGGCAGCAGUGUCAGAAGAGGCGUCGGCAUUCACAGUUCAGUCUGAUUCCUCCGGUCCUGACAGCCGAGGUCCUCUCAGUGCCACCGCUGUCCUCAACCGGGCCUACAUGCAUCUGCUCCACUGGGACCCACAGGACCAGAAAUAUCCCGAGACUGUGCUGAUGGACCAAGCCCGCCUGGACGCUCUGGGCCAGCGGCUCCAGAUGCUGGUUCUGGAGGCGUCCGUGCUGCUCCUGACCAACGCUCAGUGUGGGGGCGUCGUUUUCACCCUGCAGGGGUUUGUAGGUAAACUCAGGCAGUCCGUCACUGCUCUGCUGGAGGGCAGUCACACCAGUGAAGCUGACCUGAAAGAGGCCCUGUCAGGUGUUGGGGAGACGGUAGUGCAGCAGGUGACCGAAGCUCUGAGCGCCCAGGGAGCAGCAGCACUGCCUCAGGAGAACCAGGACCUGCUGAAGGGACAAAUAUCCGACCUGUGGAAGCACAACAACUCUGUUCGCACGCUUACAGGAGAAAGAGUACAGGGCUUCCUUCGGGCCAUGCUGCAGGGCGGCCCCGCUAAAAGGAGUCCAGAGCUGUCUGCUCCCCUCAGGCUGGUGAGUGCUGAGCUAGCUGAGCUGGGGACGGCCUUUGGGCGAAUCGUCCAUUUCAACCGAACAGUCUUUGGUCCCUUCUAUGCACCCAUCCUCAGGAAACUGCUGUUCCCACCAGGAGAGGCUGAGGCUGAGGAGGACUCACGCUGAGGGGGAUCUAGACAGCCAAUGGUCACCUGAACAUCAGCUGCAAUUUUAUUUUAAAUGGGUAGCUUUAAAAUGUAAAUACAGUGGAUUAAAAUGUUUAAGGGAAACUUAGAAAUUGACGUUUACAGUCUCCAAAAAAAGGAUUUUUUUUUAGAAGUUAGGACAAAAAAUCCAAAUCAAAGCAUUAGGCAUGAAUAAUUAUUAAAGUGCAUUCUAACUGCAAACACGUGUAUGCAAAACAUUGAAAGUAGCCAUGUGGAAAAAACAAAUAAUAGUUUCCACCUUUAAUGAGAAAAUCCAAUAUCAGUCCCAUUU